GAAUCUUUCACAUUGCUGCAGAGGAAAUGCUUUUAUUUUCACUUUCCUUUGCAAAACUGCUUUAAUUCAGGCAAAUACAUAGGUUUCGUAUGCUCACUCAGUAUGCGAAAGAAGGCAUUUGCAGCACUCCCUACUUCUCAAGGCUCCUUCAAAACAUUCAAUCUUGAAAACGUAUCAUCGUCUCACUUUCAUCUUCCACAAAAAGAGUCUGCUCUGAAGUGAAAAAGAGAAAGAGAGGAUUGACACGCCACGUCGGCUGAACCGGUCACACAAUGAACAACUCGCACUGCCUGGCUGCCCAGGACCUGGUGGUGAAAAUGGUGCCCCCGAUCCUCAUCGUGGAGCUCAUACUGGGGCUGCCGGCUAACAUGGUGGCCCUGUGGAUCUUCUCCUGCCACAUGCCGAGCUGGAGGUGCAACACCGUGUACCUGCUGAACCUGCUGAUCGCGGACUUCUUCCUGCUCGUCAGCGUGCCCUUCCGCAUCCACAGCCUGAUGCGCGGCGAGGACUGGGUGUUCGGAGGCGCCUGGUGCCGAAUCAACCUCUUCAUGCUGGCGCUCAACCGUUCAGCCAGCAUCGCGUUCAUGACCAUCGUGGCCGUCGACCGCUACUUCAAGGUGGUCCACCCGCACCACUGGGUGAACCACCUCACGACCGGGAAGGCGAUACGGCUCUCGACCGUGACGUGGACGGUGGUGCUGGCCCUGCAUCUCCCCCUGCUGGCCACUGAGCUCCUGCAUAAGCACAACAACAAACGCCUCUGCCGCAGCUUCAGCUACUACGAUGACCUGCCGCCGGGCAUCAUGGUGCACUAUGGCGUGUACAUCCUGGAGUUCUUCCUGCCCUUCCUGCUGCUCAGCUUCUGCUCGCUGCGGAUCAUCUGCUUCCUGCGCAGCCGCCAAAUGGGCAGUAAGCAGCAGGUGAAGCGGGCCAUCCAGGUGGUGAUGAUCAUCGUGGGCGUCUUCACCGUCUGCUUCCUGCCGGGAAUCGUCACGGGCCUCGCCUUCCUCGCCAUCCAGAAGCUUCACCCGGGAGACUGCGACUCCCACAGCCUGCCAUCCCAGCUCUUCAGCAUAUCCAUCGCGUUCACCUACCUGAACAGCACGCUGGACCCCGUCAUCUACUGCUUCUCCAGCAGCACGUUCCGAAACACCCUCAAGGCCUCCUUCAACUCCCUGGGCAUCUUCCACAUGGCCGUGAGCCGGAGGGGGAACAGGAGUACAGCUAGCGACCUGUAACGAGUAGGGUUAGAGACCCCUAACAAAUACGAUUAGCGACCCCUAACGAAUACUAUUAACGACCCCUAACGAGUAGGCUUAGCUACCCCUAACGAAUAGCAUUAUCGACCCCUAACAAAUAUAAUAUACAGCGCUUUGGAUAAAUAUUGGCACUGUAUAAAUGCAGACAUUUGCCAUAUGAAUAGCUUAUACUAACGUGUGUCAAAUACUGCUGUACAUUAUAAAUACAAGUACAAUAUUUUUUACUUUUCUAUGCAGUAGUGGUCUUGGUCUUGUAAAACCCCAUUUCAUUCAAGAAGUGCAUGUUAAAGAUAAAAGGAGAACAAACUUGAUGGAUUUCAAUUUAGCUAAAAUCCAAUAUAUGUUUAUCUUUUUAAAAAGCAGGCAUGAACUGUGUGUAAAUUAGAAAUCACAGCAUGUUUUUAAGCAAUAGAAAUUAAGGGCCUGACAACCAUGUGGUAAACAAGGAAAUCAAUCAAUUGACUGUACUGAUGCAUGUAUGUGCACUCAGUAAGAAACUUUAAUCGGUAUUUAUGAGAUUUAUUAGAGAUUUGAUGCGUUGUGUGUGCAGGGAUGCUCUUCUUCAUACCACUGUAGUAAUGUGUGGUUAUUCGCUUUACUGUAACCUUCCUGUCAGCUUUGACCAGUCUGGCCCUUUUCCUCUGACCUCUCUCAUUAACAAGGCAUUUCUGCCCACAGACACUCUCUGCAAACUCUUCAACCUCUAGAGACUGUUGUGUGUGAAAAUCUCUGGAGAUUAGCAGUUACAGAAAUACUUAUACCAGCCCGUCUGGUCACCAACAAUCAUCCCACGAUCAAAUUUUUCCCCCCAUUCUGAUGGUUGAUGUGAAAAGUAACUGAAACUUUUUAAGAGUAACUUAAAAACCCAUAUCUGCAGGAUUUAAUGCAUUGCACUGCUGUCACACGAUUUCCUGAUUAAAUAAUGCCAGACAAAAUUGAUUAAAUAAUGCAAUUUAACAGAGACAUUUUUGUAUUUCAUUUUAAAAAGUAACAUAUUACUGUAAGCAAUUGACAACCUUUUACAUAAAAACUUAAUCAAGACUGUCUGAGAUCAGAAGCAAGGAGUCAACCAAAGUCUGCAGAAGAACUGGGGAAAGUUCUCCAACAUGCAUGGAACAACCUCCCUGCUGAUUGUCUUAGCCAAUGCUGUCCUGCAGUUCUAUAUCUAUAUCUAGUGAUGCUGUUUUAACACUGAACACCGGGUGGUCACAAAAAAUAUUGAUUCGAUUCAGUUUUUAACUAUUCUGCCAAAUUACUCAAAUGUAAUGUAAAAUGUAUAGGACGUUUCAUUUAAUUAUUUUUGAAAUAAUCUUAUCUGUACAGAAUAGACUUUUGCACAGUACUGUACAUUUUAAACAUGCAUACCUUUGUUGGAGAAAGCUGAGGCUUCAUUUUUGUCCUGAGAUUUUGUCAUACCGAAUACACAUUGUUUGUGUCCAUUUGUGCAUUGCAUUAAAGAUGUAAAAAUAUUUCAUUAAAUAUACAUGAAUUA